AUGGGCGACGAGGCUGACGACCUCCUGCUGAGUUUCCAUUUAUCAGACCAGGAUGCGGACAACUACGACAUUGUAUUCCAGAAAUUUGCAGACCAUUAUGGCGGGAAACGCAAUCUGGUGUACGAGCGUGUGAAAUUCCACCAGAGGUCCCAACAGCCCGGAGAGUCGAUUGAUGGCUACAUAACUGAUUUGUUUCGUUUGGCAGAACGUUGCAACUUCAAGCAGCUCCACGACGAGAUGAUCCGUGAUCGCCUUGUUGCAGGAGUUCCAGACACUGCCCUGUCCCAGAAACUGCAACUGGACCCAUCACUUACUCUGGACAAAGCUCUGGCACAAGCUCGCCAGAAAGAGACAGUUCGAACACAACAGUCCACUGUCCGUCACAGUUCGUCAGCCCGUGCAACUCUUCACCAAGUCCACGCUUUCGAACAGCAGCAUCACUCUGCAUCUCGUCAGGCCAAGUGUUCAUUUUGCAGCAAGAUUGGACAAUUUGCUGUUGUUUGUAUGCAGAAGCACACUAGUAGCUCUCAGUCUGCCUCCAACACCAGUCACAUGCAUAGUCUGCAGUCCUCUGCUGCUAGCGCUGGUCCAUUACAGUCUGCUGACCAGUGGCACUAUCCUCCAGCCUACCUAGGUGCAUUAUCUGCAGAUACUGGGUGGUCUAUGCCCAUGCUGCUGCAGUCAGUACCUGCAACAAUGAAGGUCGACACUGGUGCAGACGUAACCGCCAUCCCAGCCAGCUUAUAUGACGACAUAUCUGCUCACCAUCAGCUCAACCUCCAGGAGUCCGACCGUAUGCUGAAAGGUCCAGACAACGCGACUCUAGCAGUUUCAGGCCGCAUCACACUCAGUAUAUGCCGUGCUGCAUUUUCCGACUUUGCAGUAGACACAACAGUGUACGUGGUACCGCACCUGAAAACACCUCUGCUCAGCCGGCCAGCAAUCGAAGCCCUACAUAUCUGCAGUCCGCCAGCAGAUUUGCUCAGCACAACUACCGGUACUUCUGAGCAGUCCUCUGUCAAAACGCAGUACCCUGAGCUCUUAGCGGAAGUUGGUUUGUUUGGCAGUGAGCACACGAUUCGGCUGGUCGAUAAUGCACAGCCUUACUCUCUGCCUACACCAUGCCGUAUCUUUCUAUCGAUGGAAGCCAAAGUUAUCGAAGAACUGCAGGCCCUCGAACAGAGUGGUGUCAUUUGCAAGGUUAUCCGACGGGAACGUCACAUCAUGCCAACAACCGAUCACCUGCUUGCUCGCCUCGGCACAGCCAAGGUCUUCUCGAAGCUGGACGCGAACAAGGGCUUUCACCAGAUCCCCUUGUCGCUGGAAUCUCAACUGCUAACAACAUUCAUUACGCCCAUCGGUCGUUUCUGCUUUCGACGACUCCCGUUUGGCAUCUCCUCUGCACCUGAGUACUUCCAGAAGCAGAUGUCUGACCUGCUGAGCGACCUGCCAGGCACAAUUUGCAUGAUCGAUGACGUUCUAACCUUGGGUGACGACGAACACGAGGAGGAGAAUAAUCUGCAUGCAGUCCUACAGCGUCUCUCAUCAGCCGGAAUCACACUCAACCCAGACAAGUGUGCUUUCCACCAACGUUCAGUCAAGUUCCUGGGACACAUUCUCGACGACAACGGCAUCCACCCUGAUCCCCAGAAAGUGCGCGGCGUUCAGGAGCUGAAACCCUGCACGGAUGUCCCAGCAGUACGUCGUUUCCUUGGCAUGGCGAAUCAGCUGGGAAAGUUCGUACCUGAUUUGGCAACGAUGUCUCAGCCACUCCGUGCUCUCCUGAUCAAAGGCCAGGAAUGGUCCUGGACCGAUGCACACCAAGCAGCAUUCGACGCGAUCAAGUCAGCCCUCAGCUCGCAUCCAGUACUGGCAAUGUACUCGACUACCCUGGAUAUGAUCAUAUCUGCAGACGCCUCAUCAUUCGGCCUGGGAGCAGUCCUCCUCCAUGUGCAGUCUGACGGCUCCAUUCGUCCAGUUGCAUAUCAGUCCCGUUCUCUGACACCAGCUGAGACACGCUAUUCUCAAAUCGAGAAAGAGGCUCUUGCUUUUACUUGGGCAUGCGAUCGUUUCGAACAUUUCAUACUUGGCAAGCCGUUUACGAUCCAGACCGACCACAAGCCGCUCAUCCCGCUUCUAGGCAGCCGUGCUCUAGACGACCUACGGCCUAGAGUUGUCCGUUUCCGUCUGAGGCUCCUUCGUUUCAAUUUCCGCAUUGUUCACGUGCCAGAACACCGGGCACACAUCACACUUACCGAUGACGGUCUGCUGCUCUACAACGACAGGUUGAUCAUUCCCGCAUCUCAUCGCGACGACAUUCUGUCACGGCUCCACACUGGACACCAAGGCAUAGCCAAGUGUCGCCGUCUUGCCCGCAACUCUGUCUGGUGGCCCUCCGUCAAUUCGGCCAUUCAGCUGUAUGUUGCAAAUUGCUCGACGUGCGCCCGCAUACACACUCAACCAGCUGAACCGCUCAUCCCAACAACACUCCCUGAUCUACCAUGGCAACGUCUAGCUGCUGACCUGUUCCACUUUGGUUCGCGUGACUUUCUCCUACUGGUAGACUACUACUCUCGCUACAUCGAAGUCGUCCAGCUGACGUCAACAUCAUCCAAGGCUGUAAUUACGCACCUGCAAAGUAUCUUUGCCCGUCACGGUAUUCCCGAGACAUUGAUGUCGGACAACGGUCCACAGUUUGCGUCUGAGGAGUUUCGUCGAUUUGCUGAGGAGUUCUUAUUCCAGCACGUAACCAGUUCUCCGCUAUAUCCACCGGCUAACGGUCUCGCCGAAAGAUCCGUUAAAACCGUCAAGCAUCUAUUCACUGCCUCUCCAGAUUGGUUCCGAAAGCAGCUUCAGCACCAAUACAACACCACCGCGUCCAACACAACCUAUGGCAACAAGUACAACAUCCUCUACAACCUCUUCUACACACUCAGCCGUUCCUACAUCCAGUACAACAUCAGCAGGCACAACCAUUACUCGUAG